GGAGCAGUAGCAGCAGGUUUGUCUCUUGUAGCAAAGAAGGUGGCAGGUAUCAUGAUCCCAGAGGAGAUUCAGAGGCUCCUGGAAGAUGCUGAAGGCUACCUGGUGGAUGGACUGCGGAAUGAGCACUUGAGUGCUAAAGCAAGGGAGCAGAGGGAUGUGAUUCUCUUCGGCUUCCGGCAAGUCAAAGCCAGGUACCACUUGGAAUUUCUGCCCCGAGGAGAGGAUCAGCAUGAUGCUGGCUUUGGACAGGACAGUUCUGAUGAAAAUCAGAGCUGGAGCUUGGCCCCUUCCAUGACAUCUGAUGCUUCACUUCCAUCAGACUUCCAGGAUGAUGGAUUGGAGGAGUUCGCACUGAAGCCUGGUCAAGACACAGGGAACAUUUUGAAGCAGGGAUAUCUGGAGAAGAGGUCUCGAGAGCACAGCUUUUUCGGCUCAGAGUGGCAGAAGCGAUGGUGUGUCCUCAACAGAAGGACCUUUUACUACUACGCCAAUGAGAAAAGCAAGCAACCGAAAGGCAAUUUCUCCAUUGAGCACUACAGCGCCCGGCUGGCUUUCCAUCUCCGCAAAGACUCUCGAAAAAGAUGCUGUUUCGAGUUAAUCUGCCCCGGAAAACGCACCUACGAGUUCACAGCCCCAAGCCCAGCAGAAGCUGAAGACUGGGUGGAUCAGAUCCAGUUCCUCCUGAAAGACCUGAGCUCCCUCACUAUCCCAUAUGAUGAGGAGGAUGACGAAGAGCUCUACAACGAUGUGGACAGUUCUGACUCCGUGAACACAACAUCCCACAAUACUGCCCUGAAUCAGGAUGAGCCAAAUGUUGAGGGGGAAGACAAUGACAUCUACGAGGUUUUGCCAGAUGAGGAGCUGGAACCCCCCUUCCCAGAGGACCCGGAGGAUGCUGGCCGCAGACAGAAAACUGGUAAGAGCCCGCCCUGCUUUGGCCAACCCAAAGGACCUCCAAGUGAUGAGCUGGUUUCCCACCCACCACCCCACCAACCCCGGCACGAUGACUUAUUUGGCCACUGGAGCAUGUGGCAGCUGCAGCCGGAGUACAACAUGUACGGCUGGUGGGUCGGAGAGCUCAACAACGUGGUCGGGAUCGUCCCGAAGGAUUAUCUGGUGGCUGCCUACGACCUGGAGGAGUGAUGGGGGACCGUGGCACCCCAGGUGCUGCUUCUCUCUCCUUGGCCAUGCUGAGAAACCGCCGACACGUCCCUCUGCUACGGGCACCCGUUCCAUGAAGAGACCCACAUCCCACCGCCCAGCCCGCGCACGGUGCCCCGGAGCCGCGC